AUGAUAUCACAGCAAGACUAAGUGGCUUAAAAGCCGGCACCAAACCCGUGGACCCUGUUUCCCUGACGCUGGAGGCGCGAUUGGCGAAUCUCAAUGAGAAUUCGUACUAUGUGCGACACCAUGGAAGUAGGGCGGCCACGGGGAGCACAGCACAACCGAAACAGACUGUGUAUUUGGUGAGUGGCUCGGGUGAGAGAAGACG